AUGCUUCUAUCCACCAGCUCCUCCAUUCUGCACAAUUCUCUUCUCCUUGCUACCUGCAAAUCCACACCAAAAUCAAAAUGGCAGCCUCAGCUUCAUCCAUGAUAUCAACUUCUGCAGCCUUAUCUGCCGCCAUCCAAAAGCACCAUGUUGUGAAGCCCUCCAACGUGUGCUUUCAGGGUCUGAGACCCCUCACAAGGUCCACAGGCUCAGCCAGAGUGAGUACCUCCAAAAGGGUCCCUCGUGGUAAUGGUGUUGUGAAGGCUGAACUCAACUCAGCCCUCGUGAUAAGCCUCAGCACUGGCCUCUCCCUCUUCUUGGGGAGAUUUGUGUUCUUCAACUUCCAAAGGGAGAACGUGGCAAAGCAAGUCCCUGAGCAGAACGGGCUCACACACUUCGAGGCUGGUGACACACGUGCCAAGGAGUAUGUCAGUCUCCUCAAAUCCAAUGACCCUGUUGGAUUCAACAUAGUUGAUGUCUUGGCUUGGGGUUCCAUUGGUCAUGUUGUUGCUUACUACAUCUUGGCCACCACAAGCAAUGGCUAUAAUCCUGCAUUCUUUUAAGUCAUCGCCAUCAUCUUCCAAACUGCUUCUUCCCUUUUAUCUUUAUCAUUUUUCUUUGUAGUUGUAUUGUAAUGUCAUCAUGUAUAGGUUCUCUCUAAGAUGCCAACAAGUUCAGCAUAUUCUAAUUUCGUCACUCUUUUCGGCUGCAAUUUGAUUUGCUAUGAUUAAUGAAAAAUGGAACUUCUCUAUA